UGCCAUUCUUGGCUGUUUUCAAGAGCUUCGAAAAAUGGUGAAGGAAUAUUGAAUCGGUCGAGAAAGUUUUUCUUACAAUGUUGAUCUUAUGUUGGAUCGGAUCAGCUGUCGCCAUUUCCAUUACGGAAUAAGACUACUCCACCAGUGCACAACCAUGGCUUCUUGUUGUCGUAAAAUCUCUUCUAUCAUUCAUAUCUUUGCAAUCUUUCUUCUUGUUUCUUCUUCAAUUUGUCCUGUCUUCGCAUCGGAACCCCACAAUCUCCGUGCGAGAAAUCAAACUUUCCGACCAGAGAAAGAGUUGAAAAAGUUGAAAAUCAUAAGGCAACGUCUCAACCAGAUCAACAAACCAGCAGUAAAGACAAUUCAGAGUCCAGAUGGUGAUAUUAUUGAUUGCGUUUUGUUGCAUCAUCAGCCUGCCUUCGAUCAUCCUCAACUCAAAGGACAACAACCCUUGGAUCCACCAGAGAGACCUAGGGCUUAUGAUGCAGAAGGAAUGAUGAAUACGGGGGCAGAAGAAGAGCACGUUCAGCUAUGGAGGAUGUUGGGUGAAACGUGUCCGGAAGGAACAAUUCCGAUCAGAAGAACAACGAAAAAAGACAUGUUGAGGGCUAGUUCUGUAAGAAGAUUUGGAAUGAAACCGAGAAGACGUGUUAGAAGAGAUUCAAUCAGCAAUGGCCAUGAGCAUGCGGUCGGAUACGUGAACGGAGAAGAAUAUUAUGGAGCCAAGGGCGGCAUAAAUGUGUGGGCACCUCGUGUCUUUAAUCACUAUGAGUUCAGCUUAUCCCAGCUCUGGCUCAUCUCUGGUUCUUUUUCUCACGAUCUCAACACCAUCGAAGCCGGUUGGCAGGUGAGUCCAGAACUAUACGGGGACAAUUAUCCUAGAUUCUUCACCUAUUGGACCAACGAUGCAUAUGAAACAACUGGGUGUUAUAAUUUGCUGUGCUCAGGAUUUGUUCAAACCAACAAUAGAAUUGCAAUUGGAGCGGCGAUCUCCCCAGUCUCAUCUUACCAUGGAGGACAGUUUGAUAUCAUCCUCUUGGUUUGGAAGGAUCCGAAGCAUGGACAUUGGUGGUUGGAAUUCGGGACGGGGGUGCCGGUGGGAUACUGGCCAUCAUUUUUGUUCACUCACUUGAGGGAUCAUGCAACCAUGGUUCAAUUCGGUGGGGAGAUAGUGAAUUCAAGGGGCGGAGGUUUCCACACCUCAACGGCAAUGGGAAGCGGUCAUUUUUCCGGCGAAGGGUUCGGAAAGGCGUCUUAUUUCAGAAAUUUACAAGUGGUUGAUUGGGAUAACAACUUAAUCCCAUUGACGAAUCUUAGGCUACUAGCUGAUCAUCCCAAUUGCUAUGAUAUCCGAGCUGGGAUUAAUGGAGUUUGGGGGCAUUAUUUUUACUAUGGAGGACCGGGAAGAAAUGUUAGAUGUCUGUAAUGGA